AAUCACUCGUCGGCCUGCGAGUCGGACGGGUUUUGGCCACGGAACAGAAAAGAUAUAUUAUAUUGAGGCGGGUGUUCGGAAACCGUUUGUUCAUUCAUAAAGCCGUGUCCUUUUACGCGAAAGCCACAACAAUCUCGCAUCCUGGAGGACAACGACAUCUCUCGUGUGUGAGUGCAAGUGCUCUUGUGUGUUUAUUUUUAUGCCGACCGGAAAUACUCGACCAAGGUGAUAGCGUAACAUAGACACACACAAAAUAAUUGCAAAGGACAACCAAUUUAGUUGAUGUCCAUUCAGCUUGAAGGAAGCGAAGGCAGCGAAGGCAGCGCGUCUAAUGCAUUUCGUUCGGGAUAAAGUUUAUACCAUUAGGGCGGCACUAGGUACAUAUGCAAAUAUCAGCUUGUUAACUACAAAGUUGAAUGAUUGAAAAUGCAAAUUGCAACCGCAACUGCUGGGCUACGAAACUACAACAGCAGCAACGAGAACAACAAGUGCGAUCGCGGUGCAUCAACACCACAAAUUAACCAACCGGUGGUGCCGACGACAACCAGUUAAAGUGGCGGAAAUGACAGAGUCAAAAUGUAUCGCUGCAAAAAUUGGUUUUGUGCGCGCAGCAACAACAACAACUACGUCGAUGUGGCACUAAGCGAGGCGCCACCCAUCCAUUCCACUGCAGCAACAACAACAACAACAACAACAGCCACACCGAACAGCCGCAACUUCAGCGCCAGCAACAACAAUAACGUGCGAAGCAACAGCAGCAAAAGUAAUCAGCAAACAGCGGCACAAAGAGGCGCCACCACCCAAGCCGCCCACCCUCCCACACACCCACACCCACACCACCCCAGCACCACCCACACGACCGAUGAGGCUUCGCCACCACAGGCCCACGUGGUUACCUUCCUGGACGAGUCCACUGGCGGCGGAAGCAACGGUGCCGUGACCAGCAGCCGCCUGGUCACCACCGCCGAACUGCACCAGGCCCACAUGCUGGAGCACCACUCGAACCUGGACGCCAUCGAGCAGGCGGACGACUUCAUCUACGGUCCUGGCGCAGGACUUUCGCUCUGCGACGACAGCCUGCCGUCGGCCAAAAACUGCUAUCGACUGGUCAUGCUCGGCUCAUCACGAGCCGGCAAGUCAUCGAUUGUGGCACGUUUCCUGGGCAAUCGAUUCGAGGAGGCCUACACGCCGACCAUCGAGGAGUUCCACCGCAAAUUGUAUCGCAUACGGAAUGAGGUCUUUCAACUGGAUAUUUUGGAUACUUCUGGCUAUCAUCCGUUUCCCGCAAUGCGCCGUUUAUCAUUUCUAACUGGGGAUCUCUUCAUCCUCGUUUUCAGCAUGGAUUCCCGCGAGUCCUUCGAGGAGGUGGUGCGCCUGCGGGAGAACAUCCUGGAGACCAAGUGGGCUGCACUAAAUCCCGGCUCCGGGUUCAAGAAGAAGAGUCUUCCAAAGAUACCCAUGAUAUUGGCGGGAAAUAAAUGUGAUCGGGACUUUAAAACUGUGCAGGUGGACGAGGUGAUGGGCUACAUCGCUGGCCAGGACAACUGCUGCACCUUUGUGGAGUGCUCGGCUCGUCAGAACUACCGCAUCGAUGACCUCUUCCACUCGCUGUUCACGGUCUCCAAUCUGCCGCUGGAGAUGACCCCCAAUCACCAUCGUCGAUUGGUGUCCGUCUUUGGGGCGCCAUCGCCACUCCCACCACAUGGAUCUGCGGUGGGCGGGACCAAAAAGAACGCCCUGUCCAUCAAGAGAAGAUUCAGCGAUGCCUGCGGGGUGGUGACCCCGAAUGCCAGGAGACCCAGCAUCCGCACCGAUCUCAAUCUGAUGAGAUCCAAGACGAUGGCGCUGAAUGAGGGCGAGGGUGUGAGGAGUCCUUCGCGUUGGAACCGCUGCGCCCUGAUGUAGAAAACCUGGGCAGUGUGAUAGUAGUGAUGAGCGGAUCCAUCAGGGACAUCAGGCGAAAUGGCCGAUAGAUGGAGCAGAAACUAAUUAUAAACGCAGCGAUUGGGUGAUUUCGAUAUUAUAGUGUAAAUACUCGAUUAGUCAGGUAGUGGCAAGUUGAUACUAUUUAUUAAUUAUGCAUUUAGCACUUUCUCGCCAUCAACGGACAAAAGGCAAAAGCCGCGCCAAUUGUAUUUUAUUGCAUAAUUAAAAUCUGAAAGGGAUACUUGCAUUGACUGCCCCUCACCUCUGCUUGCCCAAUUGUCCAAACUGAAUAAUCCUACGCACUUGCUGCUCAGUUUUUCCACUUCAUUUUUGCAUACAAUUUCGCAUUUUAAUUGCGUUUGUAAUUUCUGAUCGUUGUAAUUGCACAUUUACUUGACGCACACACAAAAUGAAACCAAAACGCAGAGGACAAUAAUGUUAAAACGUAUUCGGAAUUGCGGGAAUCGUAAUUGUUAUUCAAAUUUAAUUUAUAGAAUUAGCCAAUUGAAUUUACAUGAAUUUAUUAUGAACUAAUUUAAUGUUAUCGUUUAUUGUUGAAGAUACCAAUUUAAAAAUUUGCCAGUUAGUAGGUCGUUCUGUUUCGACACAUACUCAACUCAACUAUCAACUUUCGAAAGAUUGCAUAUCAGCCAAAACUGGAACAAAAUCACACCGACUCAAUACUAUUGAAAGGAAUCUUGACCAAACUUGAUACCAACUAACUCUACUGUAACACUUGUACACCGAUCUACGCGAAUCUAAGCCCAACUAUGGUUAACUAUAUUGCAAAAUGACAAACUAAUAGCAAACACACUUCUAGCGUUAAACCGAAUUUAUCAGAUCUGUUCUCGGCUCGGUUUUUGGUCCCUUAGGGCGGAUAUCUAAUCGAGAACAGCUCCGUAAGUUUAGAAAAUUCGAGUUUCAAUCUAACCUAAGCAACGGCAACAAUUUUCGCGAGUUUAACAUUUAUAAAGUAUUAUCAAUAAUGGAAGUAAAAACAUAUGCGUUUCAUCGCCAAAUGAAACCAAGACCAAAUGAUUAUUCUAGCUAUACCAAUGAAAUAAACGCUAAUAUAAAAAGGUAUUACCUAAAAAGUUAUUAAAAAUUCAAGCAUACAUAUUUUAGGCAAUUAUCGUUAAUGUAAAACCAAAAACUAAGUGCAAAUAUUUACAAAAUUCGC